CCAUCAUAUCGUUACGCGUUUUUCGCCAAAGUGCUCAGAUCUGUAUACAAGACCGUGGUGUAGCUACAUACAGUUAUUAUUGGAAAGUUGAAAACUAUUUAAAAAAUGAAUAGAAUAGCGGUAAAAUGAAUAAUUGAAAAUUUAAAAAAUUGUUUUUAUAAACAAAACACUUUAUUUAAUUAGAAAUAUUACUUUUUGUGUUACAUAUCUACCAUGUUUUAUUUAUAUGAAGUCGCGAAAACAUUACAAACAUACAUUUUCUGUAACUCCGAAAGGUCGUUUGGAGUAAUGAUGCUCAAUUGAAGUAUUUAUUAAAAGCGCUGUUGAAAACAUAAAAUGGUGCAUUCAUGAGAUUUGCAAGAAACAUUGGUUUCGAACAUAAAAGUAGUAAACAGUUUACAAGAUGACUAUGUAAAUGCAGCAACAUACACAUGUGUAAAACUAUCUUAUUAUCAAAGGAAAAAACGAUAUUGCUCAUAUAUUGAAGUAUGAAAUUAAUACAUACUUUUGAGUAAUUACUAAAAGUGCACACUAUUGAUUGGCUACAGAUAGACAAAAUAUAAAGUCUAUGUUUCAUUUCCUUAGAUUGUCUGUCUUUUAAAGCAGCACCAGAUUCAUUAAUUGACUAAGAGCCUGUCGUAAAAAGGAAGCUUGUGUUACAGUACAUGACAAUGAACUGUUAAUAAUAAGUACACAGAAUUCAUUUGCAAGUGAAAUCUCUAAGGGUAUACAGAUUGUACAAUCAAAGAAAGAAGUACUUACUGAAUCGAAAAGUCAGUCAGACUCACGGAAGUAUAUUGAUAUACACUGCUCAGAUGAGAUGAAAGAUAUGUUAGCUGCAACAAAAGAUACAAAACAAAUAUCGGCAGAGCAGAAUUCAACAUGCAUCUCACAGGAUACAUUGCAAACCAGAAAAAAGUUACGUUGCUCUUCAAGAGUAAGUCUCAAUGAAGAGAAUAAGUUAGUAUGCCCUGAAAUGAAUCCAGAACACCGUAACUCGUUGGAGAGUUUUGAUAAAAAUAAAAACCUAGGGGUAUCAUCAAACAUGAAAAAUGAUACACUUUUGAACGCAGUAAAUCCCAUGUUGUGUCCAGUCAUCUCUACAGUUAACGAAGCAAAAACUCCAAAUAAAAAUGAAUGUGUUGCGACAGGUGAACAAAAUCCUUCGAAACCAUUGAAACAUUUCAAGAAGGCAUAUUUAGCAUUUGAUAUCAGUAUAAAGAAAAAAGAAAAAAUCGAUCAAACCGAUCCCUCUGCUGCAACAGCAUCAAAAAGUAAUGAGUCCUUAACAUCUUCAGUACCUGAAAUUUCACAAGGAAAGGAAUGUGAGCAACAAUGUAACCCUUAUGAAUCUGUUGUGACACCCACGCCUGAAGAAAUAAAGUUCAAACAAGCAGCUGUGAAAUGUAACGUAUUAGCAAUGUUACCUUUUAACUCAAAAAAACAAAAAAGAAAAGAAAUUUGCUUAACAAACAGUAUAGCUUCUGAACCAAUGAAUAACAGGUUAGUAAUUGAAGAGGUAUUUUUAGAAAAGAGAAUUCUUCUCACAAACUCUGACAAAGUACCAUCACAAGAGACAGUUUCCUUAAGUAUGGAAGAAAAAGAGCAUCCAACGACUGUAAUCAGUGAAUCGGUACCGGGGGUACAGAAGAUCACAGAAGUUCAGGAAACUAUAUGCUCUGCGAAGACUCAAAGUGUCCAAGAAAGUAUAAGUGUAUAUAAACCAGCAGCAGUGACAUUAAAUUCAACAAAUAUAACAGACAACAAGAAUACCCAAUUAAAAGUAGUAUCUUUAUCAGAAAAUAUAUGUACCAACCUUAACGACACUACUCAUGAUUCAACCACUUUAAACAAAUCGACAGAAGUUAAUUUAAACGAGACCCAACAGGCGAAGGUUUUGAAUACAAAAAAUUCAGACAAAAGUGUACCUCAGUUAUAUUUCUAUCCCACUCUCAAACAACCACUUUAUAAGUUACAGUUUUCGGAUAAGUGUGAAAAUUCAGCCCUUCUGUCAAGCCAACAAUAUAACUAUCCAUACAAUUGCUAUUACUUUGCAAAAAAAUUAGAAAGUAUAUCCAUACCAAAAAAAACUGGAAAACGACGUACCAAGUUAAAGAAAAUCAGAAAUCAGAUACGCCCUAAAGAAAUACGGAUAGCACCUAAGAUUUCGUGUGAGACAGCAGUUUCCUUAAAUAAUAUAAACAUGUACACGGAGCCUCUAUGCAGUGGUACAAAUAUGCAGCCUGAAAAUAACGCCAACAAAAAACCAAUCAGUUUAUUGAUGCAUGUAAAUUUCAAUGAAACUUCAUGCCCACUCAUCCUGCCACUUGCUGAACAAACUAAGGAGCUCCCAGUGAUACAACCUGUGCAGGAGUAUUCUGACAUUAAAAUCAUUGACGUAAGAACAGACAUUGGUAAUAAACAAGGUGUAACUGGUGUGUCAAGCAGCACCGAUGACAUUGUACAGGUAAAACCUGUAAGCACAAUGAUAUCAAAAAGCACCAAUGAUCUAUUACAGAUACAAUCUCCGGAAAUAAAGAUUGUAGGUACACCAAAAAAUAUGAAUGGCAUACAAAUACCAUCUUCUGAAAUGGAUACGACGAACCAGGAUUCAAAUCCAUCUAAAGUGCCAGAUAGUGCUGAUGUUGAGUCGUCAAUCUCAGAAUUAAUAGAUCUAAAGUCUAAAGUCCAUCAGGUAGAGGGACAAAUGCCACAAACAGUACCAGAGACAACGCAACGACAAAAGUCUAAUCCGUGGGUGGUUGAACAAGACAAGAUGAUGCCAUCAGCGAUGAAGAAUAUGUUAAAUGCGACUAAAGCACGUCAAAGAAACAGGCGCAAUAGAACAGUAUCAGAAAACCAAAAAUUAAUGCUGCUCAAAAAGGAAGCUUUGCAGAAGAGUCGAAUUGACAUGUUGCAGAAUGUUUUUCAAGUUUUGAAUCACUGCGCGAGGAUGUGCGCAAGUGAGGAUUUUGAGAUAUGGUUUAAAAGGGAGGAAUCACCUACAGAGCAGGGCCUGAAGGACGUUCAAAGUCAACAGGAAAUCACUCAUACUAUAACUGAGAAACCUGGUGAAUGGCUUGAUCUUUUACAUGUAUUGAAAGUUGAACCGGUAAGUGAGAAUAAGACGCCAAAGCAGAAAAAAUCUUCGGAGACAGUUACUCGACCAACACGAAACUGUAAGAGACCGAAAGUCGCAGCUUGUGGCAGCGUGCAAAAACGCAAAUCAAAUUUGGUUAACGAUACGACGGUAGCUGAUCUUCGGGGAACGUCAUAUAAGAAUCGAAAAUACGAGCCCAAUGACGUAGUAAUGAUCAAAAGAUCGUCGAGCGUUGUCGUCGACCUGGAGGACGUUCAAAGUCAACAGGAAGUCACUCAUACUCUGACUGAGAAUUCUGGUGAAACCUUUGGUCUCUUAAAAGUAUUGAAAGUUGAACCGGUAAGUGAGAAUAAGAGGCGAAAGCGGAGAAAAUCUUCAAAGAGACUUCCUCAACCAAAGCGAAAGUAUAAGAAACCUGAAGUCGCAGCUUGUGGCAGCGUGCAUGAACGCAAAUCAAAUUUGGAUGACGAUGCGUUGGUAGCCGAUCUUCCGGAAACGUCAUCUAAGAUUAUAAAAGUCGAGCCCAAUGACUUAGUAAUGAUCGAAAGUCCGUCGAACGUUGCCGUCGACCUGGAGGACGUUCAAAGUCAACAGGAAAUUACUCAUACUGUGACUGAGAAACCUCGUGCAUGGUUUGAUCUUUUAAAUGAAUUGCAAGUUGAACCGGUAAGUAAGAACAAGCCGUCAAAGCGGAGAAGAUCUUCGAUGACAGUUACUCAACCAACACGAAACUGUAAGAGACCGAAAGUCGCAGCUUGUGGCAGCGUGCAAAAACGCAAAUUAAAUUUGGAUGACGAUGCGACGGCAGCAGAUCUUCCGGAAACGUCUUCUAAGAUCAUAAAAGUCGAGCCCGAUGACUUAGUACUGAUCGAACGUUCGCCGAGCGUUGUCAUCGACCUGAAGGACGUUCAAAGUCAACAGGAAGUCAUUCAUACUCUGACUGAGAAUCCUGGUGAAUGCGUUGGUCUUUUAAAGGUAUUGAAAGUUGAACGGAUAAGUGAGAAUGAGACGCCAAAGAGAAGAUCGAAGACAGUUACUCAACCAAAACGAAAUUGUAAGAUACCGGAAGUCGCAGUUUGUGGCAGCGUGCAAGAACGCAAAUCCCAUUUGGAUGACGAUGCGACGGCAGCAGAUCUUCCGGAAACGUCUUCUAAGAUCAUAAAAGUCGAGCCCGAUGACUUAGUACUGAUCGAACGUUCGCCGAGCGUUGUCAUCGACCUGGAGGACGUUCAAAGUCAACAGGAAGUCAUUCAUACUCUGACUGAGAAUCCUGGUGAAUGCGUUGGUCUUUUAAAGGUAUUGAAAGUUGAACCGGUAAGUGAGAAUAAGACGCCAAAGCGGAGAAGAUCUUCGAUGACAGUUACUCAACCAACACGAAACUGUAAGAGACCGGAAGUCGCAGUUUGUGGCAGCGUGCAAGAACGCAAAUCCCAUUUGGAUGACGAUGCGACGGCAGCAGAUCUUCCGGAAACGUCUUCUAAGAUCAUAAAAGUCGAGCCCGAUGACUUAGUACUGAUCGAACGUUCGCCGAGCGUUGUCAUCGACCUGAAGGACGUUCAAAGUCAACAGGAAGUCAUUCAUACUCUGACUGAGAAUCAUGGUGAAUGCGUUGGUCUUUUAAAGGUAUUGAAAGUUGAACGGAUAAGUGAGAAUGAGACGCCAAAGAGAAGAUCGAAGACAGUUACUCAACGAAAACGAAAUUGUAAGAUACCGGAAGUCGCAGUUUGUGGCAGCGUGCAAAAACGCAAAUUAAAUUUGGAUGACGAUGCGACGGCAGCAGAUCUUCCGGAAACGUCAUCUACGAUUCGAAAAGUCGAGCCCAAUGACUUAGUAAUGAUUGAAAGUUCGCCGAGCGUUGUCAGUUCCAAUGAACCUGUUGGAAAUCUUGCACCUGCUACGACGGAAGUACAGGAAGUGAGCUUUAUGACACAUAACGAUAUUAAUUUAAGUGAGGAUGUAUUAGAACACGGCUUGGAAACUUGGAAGACCGAUAUAAUUAAUGGUUCACAGAUCUGCAAGAGUUUACGGCGACGAAAGAUAGUCCCAGAAACAUACAAGAUUACGAGACCAUAUAAAAAGCAUAAAAUUUCUACUCAUGUGCGUAAAAAAUUAAAGAGUUCUCGUAAAUGGAUAACCGACAGCCUAAAGAACGGUGAAUCUAAAUUUAUUUUUACCGAGGAUGUGAUUGUGAAAUCUGAAGAUAUAGAAACAAAACCGGACGUUGGUAACUAUGAUAUUUGGAACGAUGUAAUUCUUUGUCAAAAAUUUGGUAUUCAAGAGUGUUACGUAAGAUUACGUAAGGUAGAAGACCUGUAUCCAUCAGGGUACACUUGCAUAGACUUCGAUGCGAUAUUUUCAUAGCAGCCAUUUCUUCAAACAUUUUCUUACCUAGAUCACGAAUUAGGUUGAAAUAUCAAAAGGAAAAUAUAAGUAAAUUCAAGCAGUCAGUUGUUAUUCCGAUAAACAAAAUAUUUACGCUUUGUGCCAUUAGUAUAAAACGUAUAAAAAGAUAUGUUGAAAAUCGACAAUGUAAAGAGCGUGAACUGUUUUCCAAGAAUUUUUGUUUGGUAUAUUUAGUUGCCAUUUAUAUUUUCUGUAAUACUAACAAUUGUUCCACACAAACAGAUCAAACGUGACUGAAAAGACAAAACUGUGACCUAAGGCAUUGCUUGAAUUUGUUAUUACAAAAUAAAUUGUAUAGCAUUAUAUAACUUAGACUCGUAGAAUACACUAAUUAAAAUGUGUCAGUAAUUUUUUGUUAUGUAUAUACGUUUAUCUUUGGUAUAAUAAAUAAGAUAAAACAGUU